AUGAGCGCCGAGUCCGACGACGAGCCGAAGCGCGUUCGCAUCGCCGAUGGCCAUUUUCGUGGGAUGAAGGAGAUCCUAUCGUCGAUGGAACCGGACACGGAUUUGAAUACGGUCACUGAGCUGAAGGAGAGGACCCACUUGCUCUGUGCCAGAUUCCUCGGCGGCGCUUGGAAAAAUGUGCCACUGGAUGAAUUGAGGAUCUCGAGAAUCAAGGGUGGCAUGAGCAAUAUGCUGUUUUUAUGCAAAUUAUCGGAGCGUCAUCGGCCAAUCAGGAAUGAGCCGGACAAGGUCCUACUCCGCGUUUAUUUCAACCCGGAAACGGAAUCUCACCUGGUCGCCGAAUCGGUGAUCUUCACCUUGCUAUCGGAAAGGCAUCUGGGCCCAAAGUUGUACGGCAUCUUCUCGGGAGGUCGAUUGGAGGAGUACAUUCCGUCUCGUCCUCUGUCCUGCAGAGAGAUCUCGCUCCCACAUAUGUCUGGAAAAAUUGCCAAGCGACUGGCCAAAGUGCAUACAUUGGAGGUGCCGAUCUGGAAGGAGCCCGACUAUUUGUGUGAUGCUCUUGAUAGAUGGCUCUAUCAACUAAUGCAAACACCAUCCGGUGAUUCUACCUUCGAGCUCAGCGAGGAGUUCAACAGCUUCAUCCCCGAGCCGAUUACCUGCCAGACAUUAAGCCGCGAAUUUGACUACUUAAGAAUCCAACUCGCCAAAUCCAAGUCAACCGUUGCAUUCUGCCACAAUGAUCUCCAGGAAGGAAAUAUUUUGCUGCCCAAGGCCUCAUCAGGAAAUAUUCGGCUACCAUCACUUUCUGAUGAAUUUGAGAACGGUCCAACGAACACGCUAUCAGCCUUCAACCCCGCGGAUCCGCGCCUGGUCCUGAUCGAUUUCGAAUAUGCCAGCUAUAAUUAUAGGGGCUUCGACUUUGCCAAUCAUUUCGUUGAGUGGUCCAUCGAUUACGACUGUGACGAGGCCCCGUUUUAUACGAUGGACGAGCAAAAGAUGCCGCGCCCCGAACAGAUGCUACAGUUUUUCCAGAAUUACAUCAGGGAGUACGGUGGAACGGUAGAAGCGGAAAUACCGGCAAAGGCGGAGGCGAUGCUCAGAGAAACCCUCCCCUUCAUCCCGAUUUCCCACUUCUUCUGGGGUGUCUGGGCCCUGCUCCAAUUCGAAGUCUCGCCAGUCGGCUUUGGAUUUGCGGACUAUGCCCGGGACCGGCUCGGGCUCUACUACAAAAAUAAACACUUGACGAAUGGGUUCGACGCC